AUGGCGUGGGCAAGCAUUGUUCUUCCCAUUUCAGGAAGAGAGAAGAGAAGGUACGAGACGGAACUGUCCCUGCGGCAGCUGGUGGAGUCAGACAUCAAUGGUCUGCGCAGAAUCCUGGAUGAGCUGACCCUGUGCAAGUCUGACCUGGAGGCCCAGGUGGAGUCUCUGAAGGAGGAGCUGCUCUGCCUCAAGAGCAACCAUGAGCAGGAAGUCAACACCCUGCGUUGCCAGAUUGGAGACCGCCUCAAUGUGGAGGUGGAUGCUGCCCCCACUGUGGACCUGAACCGGGUUCUAAAUGAGACCAGGUGUCAAUAUGAGGCCCUGGUGGAUACCAACCGCACGGAAGUGGAGGAAUGGUUCACCAGGCAGACUGAGGAGCUGAACAAGCAGGUGGUGUCCAGCUCAGAGCAGCUGCAGUCCUGCCAGGCAGAGAUCAUCGAGCUGAGACGCACAGUCAAUGCCCUGGAGAUCGAGUUGCAGGCCCAGCACAACCUGCAAUCUGAUGAAACUCUGAUUUCACCAACCACCAGCAUUCUGGAUGAACCUGGGUCUCCUAUGAGGGCCUCCAUGAGGGCCCCCUGUGAGGGCCUCUUCAGUGAUAACGAGAAGUGGAUCAUGCAGUUCCUGAAUGACCGCCUAGCCAGGUACCUGGAGAAAGUGCGCCAGCUGGAGCAGAAGAACAUAGAGCUGGAGAGUCACAUCUGGGAGCACAGCCAGAUGGGCCAAGCGCAGGAGCUCUUGGUGUGCCCCAACUCCCAGUCCUACUUCUGCACCAUCAAACAGCUACAGCAGGAGAUUCUGUAUGCCAAAGCUGAGACUGCCGGGCUGGAGGUCAAGACUUACAAUGCCAAGCUGGCCUCUGAUGGCUUCAGAACCAAGUAUGAGACGGAGCUGUCCCUGCGGCAGGUGGUAGAGGCCGACAUCAAUGGUCUGCGCAGAAUCCUGGAUGAACUGACCCUGUCCAAGUCUGACCUGGAGGCCCUAGUGGAGUCCCUGAGGGAGGAGCUGCUGCACCUCAAGAAGAACCAUGAGAAGGAAGUCAAAAGUCUGAGCACCCAGCUUGGACACCGCCUCAAUGUGGAGGUGGACGCUGCCCCCGCCUUGGACCUGAUCCAGGUUCUGAACAAGACUAGAAGUCAAUACGAGACCCUGAUGGACACCAACCACAGGAAAGUGGAGGAAUGGUUCACCAGGCAGACUGAGAAGCUGAACAAGCAGGUGGUGUCCAGCUCAAAGCAGCUGCAGUCCUGCCAGGUGGAGGCCAUUAAGCUGAGACCCACGGUCAAUGAGCUGGAGAGUGAGCUGCAGACCCAGCACAACCUAAGAAACUCCCUGGAAAACACACUGACAGAGACCGAGGCCCGCUACAGUUCCCAGCUGGCUCAGAUGCAGUACAGGGUGAUCAACGUGGAGGCCCAGCUGGGGAAUAUCCGCCGUGACCUGGAACGGCAGAACCAGGAGUACGAGGUGCUACGGGAUGUGCGGGCCUGGCUGGAUGGUGAGAUCAAAACAUACCGGGACCUGCUGGAGAGCUAGGACUGCAAGCUGCCUUGCAACCCUUGUGCUACAUACAACCAAUGUUGAGGCAAGCUGAUGCGGUCUCUCAUCCCCAGUCCCUGUACCCCCUGCACCCCUCCUGCCCCCUUAAUUCCCUAUGCCCCAUGUCCCCACUGUGGGCCCUGCAAUCCUUUGCAUUAG